CUGCUCAAGUAUCUCUAUGGUUUGUUCUGCUGUCUCUCUAUCUAUCCUUAUCGUUGAUUUGGAGUCCCGGAAGUAAAGAGUAAAGCGGGAUGGCGGAGAGUCCAGCGGCAGAGGCUAUCAUAUUACCCGGCGUUGCCGGUGCAGGAGUCUCUGUGGUGGCGGGGGGUACGGUAACGCAUCUCACUGGUCUUCAACCUCCCGGUUCAUCGCACCUCACGACUUCUGUUUGGGACCCGACGGCAAGUGCAGACUGGGACAACGAGAGAGCGUCCUCGCAGUGUGUGCUACGGAUCAAGCGGGAUAUCAUGUCCAUAUAUAAAGAGCCUCCCCCUGGGAUGUUUGUAGUGCCAGAUCCACAUGACAUGACAAAGAUUCAUGCUCUUAUUACUGGCCCAUUUGAUACACCAUAUGAAGGUGGUUUCUUCUUGUUCCUGUUUCGAUGUCCUCCGGAUUACCCAAUUCACCCACCUCGAGUCAAACUGAUGACAACUGGGAACAAUACUGUGAGAUUUAACCCCAAUUUCUAUCGUAAUGGUAAAGUCUGCCUGAGUAUUCUUGGAACAUGGACUGGCCCAGCCUGGAGUCCAGCACAGAGUCUGUCUUCAGUGCUCAUCUCUAUCCAGUCCCUAAUGACUGAGAAUCCGUAUCACAAUGAGCCUGGCUUUGAGCAGGAAAGACAUUCUGGAGAUAGCAAGAACUAUAACGAGUGCAUUCGCCAUGAGACUAUAAGAGUUGCAGUUUGUGAUAUGCUUGAGGGGAAAUGUCCCUGUCCUGAAGCCUUACGGAGUGUUAUGGAGAAAUCCUUUAUGGAAUAUUAUGAUUUUUAUGAAGUGGUUUGCAAGGACAGAUUUCACUUACAAGGACAAAACAUGCAGGACCCAUUUGGCGAAAAGCGUGGACAGUUUGAUUAUCAGUCUUUACUGAACCGCUUACAGAUAAUCCACCAGAAAGUGCGGGAAAAACAUAGAAGGGACACUCCAGAUAUAGACUCUGACUCUAGCUCAUCAGAGACAGAAACAGAUACACAGGGAAGCUCCAACCCUUAAACUGUGCAGGAAUGUAACCAGUAGUGUGUUGGGCAUUGCCAUGUCAAACAGUAAUGUUAGCCAAGUAUCAUGGAUGGUGCUGGAUAAGGAAGGACUGUUUUACACUGAGCCAGUUUGGUAUGGCUGCUAUUUAGAUGCAGGGUCAAACCUCUGCUCCUUUGCAAGAACAACAAUGAAUGGAGCUGGCAGGGAUUUUAUCCAAUAAUGCAGACAGACUUCUGAACCCUAGCACAAAUACUAGAGCCUGGACUGACAACAGCGGCACUUAAAGGGAUUUUCUCAUGUCUUAAGGCUUUGCAGCAACGUCUAGUUUAAGGAGUCAGCACUGCAGAGCAGGUAGUAUUGCAGUCUGGGGCUAGCAGCAGAAAUCUCAAUAUCAGUCCAGGCAAACCAAAGAACUUCACCAACAGGAGAAGAAAAUGCUGCCACACCCCAGGAUAAUUCUACCUUCAUAUGAAAUGCAAUCUUAUUUUUUCAGACCUGAGAGAAGCCACUACUUUUUAAUUCUAUGUUUUUGUUUUUCCCCCACAACACAAAAGCACUUUCUUUGACCAACGGGGCUAUGACUAUUUAGGUGAUAAAUAACAUGUUUGCUUCAGGAAUAAAACAAGGCUUCUACAUA